GUCAUGUCAAUCAAAUAGUUUUUUUGAUGUGAAUUGUGAUUUACGCGAAUAAGUUUGUUAUUAUUUCUUGUUGUAAAUUCUGCACGUUGUAUUAGCCUUUUAUUGGUAUCCAAAUACUGUAAUUUAUUUUAGGCCUAUCGCGUCUUUGUUAAUUUUGUAGUCUAAUUUCCGUUUGUAACCUUAAAAAUUUAAGUGUACAAUGCCGACGGCAUUGCCAAUUUAUUUGUAAUCAUGGAUUCUCGUAAAGAUUCUGCUUCUAUGAAGAACUCUAUAAAUGUAGAUUGUGACAGUGAAAAGAAUCGAAAUUACAAAGGGAGUCCGAGGCAGGCUAGUGCGAGCGAUAACAGCGAAAAUUUGUUUACAACGACUCCAAGUCAAGGUUCUAGCUUCGUUCCGGUAAACGGGCCGCGAGCGAGACUCGCGCAUCCAUUAUCAAACAAUGAUGUCGGCCACUCGAGCGCACACGGAGAGAGCAGUACUGAGGCUUUUAAAAAUUUACCUGGGACUAGUCAAUCGCAAAUGUACAAAGUCAAUUCAGUCACGGAAUCCGAAGCGACACCUUCGAGCAGUAGUAAGGCGAGUUCGAGCGCAUACGACAACGGCACGGAGUCCAACCAGGACGUGGUAUCAUGCCACAAGCACAAGGUGUGUCAAGACUUGGCAAGCAACAGCUGUAGUGGCCCAUCAACAAGUGGCAUGAGCAAAACCAACGACACCGCCGAAAAUUGUGCCUUUAGGGAGAGCAGGAAGAGACCAUCAACUCUUAAACUCAACAGGUCUAACCUAGAUGCUGAUGAGAGCUCAAGUGACACUGGGAAUGAUGACUACUCACUGGGGUCAGAGGAUGGUUGCAUCUACACUUACAGGGGUGGUGAGCAUUUGGCAGACCUACCUAGUUCAUUCUUCAGUUUGGAUAUGGGUUUGCCUUUAGACAAACACCUUCCCAUGCCUCCGAAUUACCCAGUUCCUCAGCAAGGGAACAGAGAGCAAGGUUCAGGUGCAUCUAGCCCAGACAUGGACUUUUUAGAGAUGGAUUUUGAUCCAGGACCUUCUUGUGAAGUGGACUCUGGUGAUGAGUCAACACCUGAUGCAGAUUUAGAUGAAGGGAACAUGCCUGAGGAGAAUGAGCCUGUGCUGCGAAGGGCUUCCCCUGAGUACAUGCCAGCACCUAGAUACAUCCCAAUGAACACAGCACACAGCUCGACAAGUACACACAAUGAGCCUGAAGUGUAUUCAUACAGUUUGCCAUCAACAAGUCAGGCUGGAGUUGAGCAGGGUGACGCAGCUGAGGCCCCUCACAGUUAUGGGCCAUACAUCAUGCAUGUUAAUUACAGGGGUGAGCAGAUACUAGUGAGGAGGACAAUGUCCCAUUGGCCACACACAAUGCCUGUCAGCCUGCAUGUAUCAAGCGGGGACCUGGUGUCACCAAAGGAAAUGUUAAAUUAUGAUGAGGAACAAGCAGAAGGACCAUUUGCACAUCAGAUUAAUCAAGGAGAGAGACCAACAUACGACUCUGCAAACCUUUCAUCAGCAUUAUACCAUGUCACUAUGGCAAAGAAAUUAAUAGCAGAGAACAAACCAGAGUCUGAGAGUCAAGCGUCUGGAGAUGGAGGUUCGGAGUCGGCAGCGGCUCCGAGUGUGAGCGGCGUGAGCUGUGUAGAGCCUCCGCGGUGUAUGAUCUGGUCGGAGCGCGAGGCGUGCGAGCGGCAGGUCACGCAGAUCGGCACGUCUGCCUGCGGUGCCACGGCCGUCGUUAAUGUUUUUAUUGCUCUAGGCGUACCUGUAAAUUUAGAAAAGAUAAAUUCAGCCGUUGGAACACGACAAAGAGCUAACAAUGCACCACUGCCAAGAUAUUUGCUAUCCCGAGCAGUGGCUGGUUGCACUGCUGCAGAUCUGGUAUCAGGUAUACACAAGGCCUCAGAUGGGUUGAUCACCGCUCGAUUUUUUCCAACAUAUCCUGAAAGAGCCAUCUCGCUUUCCCAUUGGCUAGCUGAUUGGAUUUCAUUAGGUGCGGUGCCGAUCCUGACGCUGAACCUGCAAGCAGGAUGCACGGGCACAGGCACGGGCGCGGUGCCGGACGCGUGGCACCAUCAGAUGGUGUGGGGCGUGUCGGCGCGCGGCGUGUUCGUGUGCAACCCGCUGGCGUGCGUGCGCGAGGGCGCGGUGUGGGCGCGGCUGGCGGCGCCGUCGUCGCUGCUGGUGCGCGCGGCCGACGUGCUGGCGCGCUUCACGCCGCACACCGACCUCACGCCGCUCGCGCACGUGCCCGACAGGCGCUUCCACACCUUCAAUGUGCUCGGUCAAGUGGCGAACGUGAUCCGCGAGUGGCGCGUGUCGGGGUGGCCGGAGCACAGUCCGCGCACGCAGCACGUGCGCAUCCCCGCCGCCUACCAGGCCGGCGUCACCGUGGCCGCGCUCACCGGCACGGACGCGCACCGCCGCCUCAGCGCCGCGCCGCAGCUGCCGCUACUGGCGCCGCACGGCACGCACGCGCCGCACGCGCCGCACCCGCCACACGCUCCACACGGCGACCCCGCAUGAACUUGCAAAAGGCAGCACAAGACGGAAUACCUAAACUCUGAAAACAACUUCGCUGAACGCAAACAAUCGUAAAAUCGAUCCACCAAAUGUCGGCUAUUACAAUAUUCAAUAUAUAAAAUGAGACACCGAUUCUACCGACUAAAAUCUGCAUUUACCAGAUAAAGAUCGGACAGCGAUAAAAACGACUGUCUGCCUUCAGCGUUUUCAAGGAGACAAUCAUAUCCAGGAAGUGUGUUGUAUUGAUAGAUGCGCGCUGACUGAGCGAGGCUGUCUCAACACGAACAAUGAAUGCGCAUGCGUUUGCUCUGAGCGAGGCGCGUCAUGACUGGUGGAGUAUUCAAAGAUAGCGUUACUCAGUUAGACGUAUCCAUUACCUUAGGCAAUUUGUAGUGUUACAGGUCAUUUUAUAAUACCUUGAAACCGCUGAUGCAAGGAUCGCUUACCUGCACGCGUUCAUUGUAUGUACCAUAUUGGCCGUAAGGUAUUAAGGCAAUAAAAAGUUUAAACUAUUUGGUAGAAUGUCACUGUGAAACAGUGAUGAUCCAAACAUUUUAUUCUGUACCGUUAUAUACUGUCCUUUUUUGAAUUGACUGAGAAUGCAAAAGACAUACUAAUUUUAUUGUUUAUACUUUCAUAAUUUUGCAUAGAAUUGUGAUUUGUAAUGGCCAUGAUGUAAGUUAUUAUUACACGCAUGUAGGAAUUUUAACUGGCAAUGUAUGUAUAAAAAGCUUUUUAUAUAGAUCCAUUACUGUUAAGCCAUAUAGGGACGUACCACCGAUGUAUAAAAUAUGAUCUGAAUCGUCUGGUGUUAUAAACUCGUAUUUGGUACAAGUAAGUUGUAAACCGUAGCCGCACAAAGUCUCAGAGGUGUGAAACAAAACCGCUGUGUAUUUAUUUACUUCAUGGCUUGAACUUGUGUCGCUCAAACUUUAAUUUCUCUGUAUGUAUGAGUAUAGUUGGAACUUAGCUGUUAAUGGUCUUUGUAUAACAGAUACGAUUGGCUAAAUUUUAUUAGCCACCUUAAUAAUAAUGUAAAUAGAUUUUUUGUAAGAAAAUAUAAUAUAUAUUAGUCAAUUGGUGCUUACUAGUCAAAAUUAUAUUAGCACAUAUACUAUGUAGUCGUUACAACACAAAUAUAACGCGUAAUUACAUUUUGUAAACAACCUUUGCACUAAAUAUAAUAUACCUGCAUUCUGUAUUCAAUCACAAUUAAAUAUUCCUUGUCUAAGUUGGAAUUCGACUAGUGAUGUUAUUUAAUUAUUCGAGAAUACAAAUUAAUAAUACCGACCUUAUGUUAAAUUGUUAAGAUUUAAUUUUACUUGGCUAGUUACUUAACAGUUGUAUUUAUUUACUGAUUCAAUAAUUUAUUUUUAGUUACAAACAAUAACUGUUAAAACCUCAAACCACACUUCAUCACAAUAGAUUUUAAGAAUCAUUUUAGCAAAAUGAGCAAUAAUUAUGUUUUAAAAUCAUUAUUAAUUGCUUUUCAACUUCUGGUAAUUAGAUUUAUUACGAGUAAAUUAAUGUAUCAAUUAAAUAAAAAAAUUCUAUUACCAGUUUUACGUUUGUAUUUUGUAUGUCUCGAAUAAUUAAUAACACAAGUUCUGUUUAUUUAAGCGUGUCUAGUUUGCAAGGCAUAUUGUCUAAUUACGAUAGAUAAGUACUACGAUUUGUAUGGGAUGUGACGUCAUCCACUGUAACUCGGUUAUAUGAGAACAAUGUUAUUAAUAACAUUAUAUUUUUGGAAUAUACUAUGAUAGAAUGCGUA